UGCUGAUGCUUUAAUCCUGGGUCACAGAAAGUUUAAGAGUGCUUUACACCAGAGACUUACUUCUUUUUGCCUCAACUUUUCCACACUGAAAGGAUGUUACAGGUUUUGCUGCUUACUUUCUCUGUAGUUACCAUUGCUCAUGCUGAGCUGUGCAAGCCAGAUGCACAGAAUGCUUUCAAAGUACGCCUUAGUAUCAAAACAGCUUUGGGAGAUAAUGCAUAUGCCUGGGAUACAAAUGAAGAGUACCUCUUCAAAGCAAUGGUGGCUUUUACUAUGAGAAGAUAUUCCAGCAAGACUACAACUCAAAUUUCCAAUGUGCUGCUCUGCAAUGUGACGGAUCGGGUGUCAUUUUGGUUUGUGGUCACGGAUUCUACCAAAAAUACAACAACUGUUCCAGGAAGCGAGGUAGAGGCAGCCAUCAGGAUGAACCGGAACAGAAUCAACAAUGCCUUCCUACUGAGUGACAAAACGCUGCAGUUCCUGAAGAUACCCUCCACAUUGGCACCUCCUGUUGAGCCCUCCACACCUGCCUGGCUUAUCGUAUUUGGUGUUGUUCUUUGUCUCAUUGUGGCCGGAAUUGUUUUCCUCGUUGUUGCAGGGAUUCAGCAGCGCAAGAAAAAGAAUAAAGAGUCAACAGAGAGAGAAAACUUAGAAGAGAAAGGCGAAGUAACAAUAACAAUAGAAAAUGGGACUCCUUGUGAAACAUUGGAUUUAAAAGCAGGCCACAUUAACGGAGUCUUUUCAGCAGAUGAUGAACGGUUCACGUCCUUAUGAAAUGCUGCCAUCGCUAUCUGGCGCUCUUUUGAAAGACUCCCGUGCCUACCUUAUCUCGUCACUACUCCUGAAUGUCAAAUAUGAAGACAAGAAAAAUGUCCUUUCACUUAAUUUCCCUCGAGAGAACCUUUUGCUGAUAACAGAUACACAGGAACCUCCAUUACAAAGCUUUUGUUCAUGAGCGAAGCAAAUGAGAAAACCUCAAAUGAUAUCCAUUAAUGAUUUCUAAAAGAUGUGUGGCAGAACAGGGUUGAAAUCUGCGUUAUGUCAAGUGUUUAAUUUUUAAUGAUUAUUUAAGUGUGUCUGUUGGUUGUUUUUCCCUAAUGUAAAUGUGAAACUACAUUAUUCUUGGAUGUCACAGGGGAGAUCAUCUGUCAUUGUCAAUCCUUGCUGGGCUUUCUUUUAAGCCAUAUGCAAAAGUUUCUCUAUAAGCUGACUUCUGUUUGCUCAUCCACAGUAUGCUUUUGGAUUGAAUAGUGAUCAGUGCAUGAAGGUUUUAGUUUAUUGGGGAGAAAAAAGUAAGCUUUCACAGUCUCCAUAAGAGCAGGUUAGGAAGUGAUGGGGUCAACUAUAGGAUUAGGACUAGCAAAGAUCUGGUGGUACUAAACAGGUUUUUCACUUUACAAAGUAACAGAUUACAUGACCUGGAAAUUAAAAGUUGCAAGAGUUUAAAAUCUGUUGAACUUAAAAGUUGGAAGAAAGGGGAGAUUUUUCAAAGUUGUAGCCUGUGGUUAGUGGCCCGUCUCUCAUUAAAUUUAUGAGGGCAUGUUGCAGUUCUUUGAAAAUUCUAUAUGCUUUUUAAUAAUAAAAGAAGAGCAAAUUUCCCAGGGACAUAGUGAACCCAGGGUCAGCUGAACACUUAAUGUGGUAUCUGGGCAGCUUUUGAAAAGGUCCAGUACUUGUAGCACUGGCUACUGGUCUUCUUGCAUCCUACCCAGAUAAGAACAUGUAGGCUGUGUCAGCAGAGAGCAUUCGGACCUGGGUUUCCUAUGGGUCUGGAAGCUGAGGGCACCAAAUACCAGCCAUUAAAUUGCAUUGAUGGAUUACUUUGACAUCAGUCAUGCACUCAGAAUAGGCUAUCCGUGCCCUAAGCCUGUUCCCAUUGAAACCAGUAAUAAAAUUCUUACUGAUUUCAGAAGUAUUAGGCCUGAGUGAAGGAGAGUUGUCUGUGUGGAUAACUGCACACAGAA